GCUGCUCGUGGAGUGGAAUGCUUUGAGUUACAACACUGACAAUUCUUGGCCGUCGUCUCAAGCAAGGUAUUUGAAAGUGUCACCAGAAAACAAACAAUCCUUCCAUCAUUUCUGCUGAAGGUAACUUUUGUUUGCUGCGGAGAGCAAUAAAUUGCGACCAACUGAUGGCCAUCUCAAGCAGGGGUCAGGGAGCAAUGAUGGACAGCAAAAAUAAUUGCAUUUAGAAGAGUUUCUGUAGCAAGUGGGCUGUAGAAAAGACUUCAUACAUGAGAAAAACUCUAAAUCUAAAAACUAUUGUUGAUGAGUUUUAAUGUUCUGAUGCAAUUGUGAAACUGAAGCUAACGCAUUCACAUAAAUGAUUUUGUCGUUAUCAAUUCUUAUCUCCAUCGAAACACUAACACCGGUUAAUCCUGCUGGAAUUCAAAAUAAACCAUUCGUUGCCAUUGAGCAAAGGCGUUGAUGAGGAAAAUUCCAUAUCAAUUGCAAAUUAAUUACAACCCAACGGAUGCAACAGUAUAAAAGCAGACAAAAAAAGGCAUUCCAAAAGCCUUGGCACCACGGUAGUGUCCCCAUAUUUGGACAAAAGAGUUGAAGCAUUACGCAUAUUGGCAAAGAAACAUAUGCGGUGGUUAAAAUGGCUGUUUUGGAGGCGGUUGAUUUCAAUUUAUCGCAACUCCGGUGCCCACAAGCAUUGUAUCAUGGUUCAGUACGCUCAACCGCCCGUGAACCGCGAGUGAGUGUCUGUAGGCCGUAGCUGAUACCAACAGGUUCUAGGGAAACAUUUUUUUCCUGGUUCGACUGAGGCUUAUUACAAACCUGUUGCAAAUGAAACGUAAAAUAACCAGACCCUCUGGCUUAACUUGGGUGGUGAAGGUAAACGGGACGAAAUGUGAGCGAUAAGCCUGAUGUAUUGUAGACUGCGGCUUUUAUUACUUGAAAAUUAUGAGUCACCACAUGAGUCAUAAAUGACAAGAAUGAUGUUGAAUGGAAUGUUGACGUUUAUGUGUGGCUUAAAUAUUAUUUAGCUUGGGACAUCAAAUCAUAGUUUUGGUGAAUUAACUCAAAGGAUUUGGUGAGCUCCGUGUGAAAAAACAUAAUGGUCUAAAUGAUAUUUAAACUACCAAGUAAAACAGCUAUCUUUAAAAAACCAAAACAACCAAACUUGGCGUUUCUUUGUUCAGCUUAUCCCAAGAGCUUCGCCCAGCAUGUAACAUUCUUGUCGCUUUGUAUUUUACUUCCGUGACUGUUUCCUCACCCCAAUUAUCAUGCGCAAAAACACUUCCUUCAAUACGGUUGUUAUUUCCGGGGAUAUUCAUUUCUGUGAUGAUAGAUACAUUAACACACCGUUCCCAUGGUGCUUAGAUAAAUCCGUUAUGUUUAUGCCAGAAAUCACGUGCAUAGGUCAACAACAUCUACAGCAAGUGCUUUAAGUUCACCUAUAAAACUAAAACCUUUUAACCCUAGCCGGUCGUAGUUAUUGUCCACCAUGUUCACCACUCGGUUGUUGGUCGGAGCUCUCGUGUCACUUGGCCUAACGGCUUGUUCCUUUGCCUUUACCGAACAUGGUGCGAUCGUUCAGAGCAUUGUGCAAGCACAGCACGAGUGUGUAACCUACCUGAACCUCCCAAAGCAUCGCUUAUAUCAGUACCUCAUGUACAACUAUUCGAACGAUGCCAAAACCAAGCAAAUGCUUCGCUGCGUCGGAUUGAUUCUGCAAUGGUGGAAGUCGGACGGAACGCUAAACGAGCACGUGUUAGCACAGUACUUCAUGCCGGACACCAGUGACUCAGACUACUAUAAUCGAACGUACCGUUGCAUUGAGCGCAAAGCACCGGUAGAAGACGACCUGUGCAGCAGAGCGUUCGAGACGUUCCAGUGUUACCUGCAGCAGUACGGCGAACUGCUCAACUGUCCCAAGGUGGUACCGCUCAGCGACGAGCGACUCACCGAAACCAUGCACUUCUGUCUCGAUGUGCUGGACAUUCCGUUCUCGGACUUUGAGCAGUGGACUUCAUCCAGCGAGCUGUUCCUGCACACCGAACCAGCUCGUUGCCUGUUACGAUGCUUCACCAUCCGGGCAGGACUUUAUUCGGACCAGCACGGACCAUUUGCGGAUCGGUUUAAGCUACAGUUCGGUGCACCCAAACCGGACGUAUUCGACAACGAGCUCGAGGGAGACUACUGUGUCGCACGAUUGCGCCGGGAAGGACAUGACGCAUGCUCGCUGGCGGCUCGAUCUCUUUACGAGUGUUACUACUUUACCGACACCCUGCUGCCUACUUUCGAGCGAAUAUUGCCCCUACUACGACUCGUGCUACACCAACCAGAAGUGGAGACAGCUGAAAUGGAGUAAAAUCAUUGCUAAGCUAACAACAUAUAAAACAGUGAAAAGCGUUGCCUGUAAACGUCGCGCAGUGUAAACGUAGUAAAUAAAUUUUUUAAAACGAAAAAAUAAUUUUCUCUGUCGCAAACAUAUCACUAUAAAACCUUGGUCCGUGAGAUACUGCCAGCGGCAUCCAUGGUAUAAAACGGAUAUGAUGAUAGAUUUCGCUAUUUCAACUCGCCAGGGCGAAGGAAUGUUGGCGAUGGGGAAAUUUAUUGCCGAUUUCCGACUAGUCUUGGGAGGAAUAUUGCCCAAGAGAAGGGAUCAUCUUUGAUAGCGACGUUCUUUUUAGUAACCGACCAUCCCUUCGAGUCUGCGCGACUAUGUGACCGUG